CUAUACAUGUCAUUUGUCACUGUUUUCAUAACCUUAUUUUUUUCAAAACAACAACAACUCUGUGCAGUGCGGCAGGGCUGGAGUAGUAAAGUCUGUGACUUGUGUUUACUGCAAGAUUUAUGAAUCUAUUAUUUCGACUCUGUAUUCAAUAACAAGUACAAGUUAUUCAAAAAGAAUGAGCCCAAACCUAAAACCUCUCACCGCCUUCGUGCUUACCGGUAAUUUACAAAGAAAUUUCGCAUGUGGAAUUUCCCAGGACGACCGAAUAUUUAUUUUAUCAAGUUUAGGUGUCUACGUUAUAGAACAAAAAUGCAACUUGAAGCAUCCCGAUCCUGAUUACUCGUCCCACAAGUUUUUCUUCAAGCCUUCCGACUUCGCUUUAUGUGGACAUGUGGAUAUUGAUAUCAAUACUUUUGUCCAUGAGUUGCCCAAAGAUGUAUUUUAUGAGAAUUGUGCUCGCGUGGAACUUACACAAAACCUGAAAGGGGCAGUACCUCCGACACCUCCCACGGUUCUCUAUGCUCAAUGGUCCAAAGCACUAAUGGUUGAUGGUUUGUCUAGUAUGCUUGCCAUAGUAACAAAUCUUCAUAGUUUGGAAAUUUACGUAAAAAUGGUUAAUGAGUGCAACCUAUCUGAAUAUAAAAUGAUUUUGAACUUAACAAGUGAGAUUGUGGAAAAACAAAGACCUAACUUUGGGUACAUAGCUAAGCUUCCUCCAAUACAAAAAAUGAAUGAGGUGAGAAAGCGAGUAGAAUAUAUUGGCCCCUGUACAUUUGAAUGGAGUCAUACUUUUAGUUAUACAGAAAAAAAUUGUGCUGUGAUAUUUGUUGGUCAUUACAAUGGUGAUGUUAGUGUUUGGAGAAUUUUUAGCUGUGACUCUAGGGAAUUAAAAACCCAGUGUGACUUUUUGUGUAGAUAUACUACAAAAUUAAGACAUAUAUCUUGCUUAUAUUGGCAUAAAACUUCAGAAUUUGGGGGAGCGCUUUGUUUAGGAGACUGUGAAGGAAGAAUAUCUAUAAUAAAAGUUAUUAACCUUGAUAAAGAUGAAGCUUCCUUAGAUCAUGAAACACCAUUUUUUACAGAAAUGGAUAGAAGAGUUGAUAAAAUCAUUGUAAUGACUAUAGAUAGUUAUACAGUAUUGGUAGCUAUAAAACAAUGUUUUCUGUUAUUGUUUGGACUAAAUUCAGCAGGACAAGUUUUUGAUUUUACUACCCAUAAUGUUAAUAACUUGUAUAUUACAGGGGUAACUUGUGAAAAUAAUAUAAUGCGAGUAUUAACUUUUACUGGUGGUUUCAAGGAACUUAAAGUAUCGAUACAUUAUAAUAAAAUUAGUAUUGAUGAAUUAAAUAUUCCUGUAAAGUUUAAUUUCUGCAAUUAUAGAACACACGGUUUUAUCGAGUCAAAAAAUAAAGUUUUAACAGCUUUUAUUUUAAGUCCUUGCAGACUAAAAAAUUCUAUAAAAGGUAAAAAGUUUAUUAACUGUUCCUUUUUUAAAGAUUUAAACAUUAAUCCAUUAAAAGUUUUACUAGAGAAUGAAAGUGGUAGUCUAAGAAAUUACUGGGAUUGCUUUGAAGCUUUACGAUUAAUGUGUGUAAAAGAGCAAAGAGUUCCUUGGCUAGGAUUAGAUAGUGAUUUGGAAUUGGAUAAUUUAUCACUACUUCAACUGAAAACUUUCCGACUCAUUGCCCAACUUUCUGAAAGUGUUUUUGUUGUAGUAAAAAGGGUAACUUCAUAUAAUAUUAAACCAUUUAUUUUCUAUCAAUAUUUAGUUACCAUUAAGUUGAUAAUACAAAGGCUGUCUCAAUUGUUCAAAGAAAAAUCACAAGGGAAACAAUUAACUACUUUUGAAUUAAGAAGUCUUGAUUUACAAGUAUUCUUUCUGAAAGAAAUAAUUUCAAAUGGUGUUUUACCUAAAGCCCAGGUAGGGGCAACAUUCAUUGAAGAAAUCUCAAAUAUUUUACAAGUUGCCAAUGAGUUGAAAUACCCUGACAUGAUUCAAUGCAGCUAUUGUGGCGAAAAACUAAUUGGUUCCAUGUGCUUACCUCCUCACCCAGAUGGACGUUGUGUUUUCACAAUGAUGCCCAUUUUCUUAGCCCCUGCCUAUAAAUGUCCACUCUGUAAUUCGCUAGCUCAUAUUAAGGCAAUUGAAAAUUUGAGCUAUAUUUUAUGUGCCUAUUGUGAUUUUCCAAUGGAUCGAAUAUGUUUAAAUAAACAAAUUGAAGAAAAAAUGGAAGAAAUGGAAAAUGUUUUUACUGAAAAUCAAAUUAAAUCAAAAUGUUUAAGCGACUGUAUUAGUGAUAGUGAAGAGACUCAAGAUAGCUUGUAUUUUAAUUUAGAAGACAAUGAAACGGUGUUUGUGAAUUUGAGUGAUACUGAAGAAGAAGCGGAAGAAAAUGAAUUGAGAGAUCUUUAUUUCAAAUUACCUAAUACCAAAAGUGAAGCUUAUCAAAAUGUUGGUGCGGAAAAUGGUAAAAGUAAAUGUUAAUAUCAAGUUUUAACUUUAUUAGGUUUGAAGUCGGAAUAAAAUACUUUUUACAGUAA